AUGUCUUCUGAUAAGUCUAACAAGAUAGUUGAAACCAUUAGUGUUGCUACUAAUGAUGGUCACAAAAAACAUUUCAAAUAUGAUAGUGAAGCUAGAAAGGCUCGUUUUGAAGGCGGGGUUAAGUUGAGAGAUGCUCUUAUGAUCUUGUGUGCUGGUUUUGCUUUGAUCUCUGAUGGUUACCAAAACAACGUUAUGUCCAUGCUUAAUAAAGUUUUUGCUCUUGAAUAUCCAAAGGAAUAUACCGCCUCUAUGUCCACUCAAGUUUCCAAUGCUUCUCUUGUUGGUACCAUUUUAGGUCAAGUUGCUAUUGGGUUGACUUCUGAUUACAUUGGUAGAAAGUGGUCUAUUGUUUUAGCCACCUGUUUUUUGAUCUUUGGUACCAUCAUGUGUGCUGCUUCUCAUGGUAAUACCGUCAACGGUAUGUUCUGGAUGUUGACCAUUUUCAGAGGUGUUACUGGUUUCGGUAUUGGUGCUGAAUAUCCAUCUUCUUCUGUCACUGCUUCUGAAGCUGCCAACCAAUCUGUCAAGAGAAGAGGUGGUGCAUUUAUUUUGGCUACUAACUUGCCAUUAUCUUUUGGUGGUCCAUUUGCCUUGAUUAUUUUCUUGAUUGUCAAUAGAAUUACCGGAACCCACUAUGAUGGGUUAUGGAGAACCAUGUUUGCCAUUGGUGCUUUCUGGCCAUUGUCUGUUUUCUACUUUAGAUUGAAAAUGGUUACUUCUGAAUUAUACACCAAGAGUGCCAUCAAGCAAAGAGUUCCAUACUGGUUAGCUCUUAAAUAUUUCUGGCCAAGAUUGAUCGGUACCACUGUUGCUUGGUUCCUUUAUGAUUUCGUUACUUUCCCUAACGGUAUCUUCUCCGCUGGUAUUAUUUCCAAUGUUAUCAAGGAUGCUACUAACGUUGAAAGAAUUGCCGAAUGGAACUUGUUAUUGGGUGUCAUUGCUCUUCCUGGUGUCUUCAUCGGGGCUUACUUGAACGAUGUCAUUGGUAGAAAGUACACCAUCAUGAUUGGGUUCUCUGGUUACAUUAUUUUCGGGUUGAUUGUCGGUUGUGCUUAUGAAAAGAUCAAGGGCAUCACCGCAUUGUUCAUUGUCUUUUACGGGUUGAUGAUGUCCAUGGGUAACUUGGGUCCAGGUAAUGGUAUGGGUUUGAUUAGUUCUGAAUCCUUUGCUACUCCAAUCAGAGGUACUGCUUAUGGUCUUUCUGCUGCUAUUGGUAAGGUUGGUGCUGUUGUUGGUACCAAAACUUUCACCCCAAUCCAAACUAACUUGGGUCAAAAAUGGACCUUUAUCAUCGCUGCUAUUUGUGGGUUAGCUGGUGUUUUGGUUACUUUUAUCUUUGUUCCUCACUUAAGAGAAGAUGAUUUAUUGGAACAAGAUAUCAAGUUCAAGAACUACUUGAUUGAUAAUGGCUGGGAAGGUAAGUUUGGUAUUAAGGAAUAUGAUGCUGAGCAUGAUGAAGAUCUCGAAGGUGAAGAAGAUUCUGAAACCGAUGGUAAGGAAGAUGUUGUUGAGCACACCGUCCAAUUGAAAUAGGUAUUUUUGUAAUGUAUAAUAAUUAAUUGAAUCUUAAUGUAACUUUACUAGUAGUCUAGUGCCUACAGCGAAAGACAAUUUGUAGCAACUAAAUUUUUACUUGCUAUUCAAUUUUGUGAUUGAAAACUAAACUAGUCUACGGGAAGUAUAAGGUGCUUUUUCAAAACCAAAUCAAUUUACCUAUAAAAAACCUCUAUAUAUAUAUAUACAAACUAAGCAUUGUAAAUUUGGUCAACGGUAUCAAUAAUAGAUUCCUCAAGAGGCUUGAAUUCAAAUCCAAGAAUCUUUUGAGUUCUAGAAUUAUCAAACUUAUGGAUUCUCUUGCUAGUUUCUGGGUUUCUAGAUUCAUCACCCUUUGGAACAGUUGUUUGUGGGAAUUUCUUGUUGAUAAUAUUAGCAAUUGUGUCAAGAGUGUAACUUCCAGAAACAAGCAAUAAUCUCUUCAGAACAGCUUCAUCCUUUUCAAAAGCAACCAAGUGAGCACGGGCGACAUCUCUAACAUCAACGAAAACGUGACCUUCAGCAGGGAGUACAUCGUUCUUGGUCAACUUGACAACCUUGUUAAUGACUUCAUUAGAAGUAUUCAAGGUGGUCUUAUCCUUAAUAGCAUAAGCUUGUGGACCGAAAACGUAAGGUGGGUUAAUGAAGGAAAUACCAAAGUUCACAGUUUCCUUGGCAACGAAAUCAUGGGCAGCCUUUUCAGCAUACUUCUUGGAACCAAAGUAUCCAAACAUUGGGUUUGACAAAGCUUGCUCGUAAGUAACUGGGUUCCAAUCAUCUUCAUUGUAUACUUUGUUGGCAUCGAAUUGGGGGCCGAAGCCGAAGACGGCAACAGCCGAAGAAGUAACCACGACUCUUUUGAUUUGUGGACCAUGUUCCUUGAUAGCCUUAAGGGCAUUGAGGGUACCACUAACGGCAGGCUUCAUUAAAUCAUUUUCCACAUCUUUGACUGAGAAGGAGAAUGGGGAGGCAGUAUGUAAGAAAACAGUGACUUCGGGGUGCUUCUUAAGAGCGUCAUCAAAAGCACCGUCUUCAGUAAGGGAUGGGACAAUUUCGUAGGAAAACUUGUCAUUGUUGACUAGAGAUUUUAAUUCUUCACCCUUGGCUUCAGAUCUCACUGACCCGACGACAUUGUAACCCUUGGAAAGCAAUUGUUUGACGAUAUGUUGUGCGAUGAAACCGUUGGCACCGGAAACGAAAACAGAAGUGGUGGACAUAUUAGUACUUGUAGUUUGAUAUUAUUGUUUGUUAUUAGUGAUAGAAAUGAAAUAAGAUUGAAACAGAGU